AUGGGUCCCGACGUAGCCUUCACGAAGCAUCCCAAUGGAUCAGUCUCGUCUUUGGCCCGGGCAGAGAUGCAAGCCGCCCACCAAUUUUUACCUCCCCCCGUCGAACAGGUUCAGAGAUACCACACCAAGAACCUACCUCCGCCUCCCCCAGAUAGGAGACUAUCAUCAGUAUCUGUUCUUAGCAGGGAAAUGAAUGUGGCAUUUGCGGGUACCGAAGAUAUGCUUUCACUCGACACUGACCAACGCGAGGUAUUAGAGAAACAGGAGCAGGAGGGUAAUCAACAAGAAAUGCCAGCUCACACCCACGUUUCCAUUUCGACUCGUGCAUCUGACGAUGUCAUCUCGCCUCAGCCAAAAUCGGCGCUUCCUAAGUUAUGGAAGAUGACGGGGCAUGAUGGCUUCCGUACCUCAGCAUCAAGAGAAGGGUCUAUCGACUCAACACACCACAUGACCGCAUACGUAUCUUGUAACAGGUCAAAUACCCAGAUCGCUCCCGAAGAAGUGGAGCUACGCCGACAACCACAUGAAUACGAGCAUGCCGGGACAGAAGGACCAAAGAACUCACUGACAGAGCCAUGGCUGCCCUCUCCAUUGAGCGAUCAAUCGGUGACCUCUCCUCUGCAGAAGGAAGUCAGUCGAGAGCCAGUCACAGCUAUCUCAGACACAGCUUUGAUGGACAUCAACACCGCGUUGCGAACAUUAGAACCCGAGGAAAGGCGCCUUUCUAAUGCGUCUUCCCUCAACGCUCCAGGGAGUAGACUGGGUUCGACUCUACAUGCAUCUUCUCCUACUUCACACAUUGUUCGACGCAACAAACCUGACUUCCAUCGAGAGAAGAAGGCGGCCCCGGGACCCUCACCGUUGAAGAAGACGCCACGAUCCGCCGUGCAUGAUGAUCAUGCUUGGUCUCGAGGCUACCGCAUACCGGAUUCAGACGAGCACAGGUCCAGCCACGACAUGUAUCAUGAAGCAGCUGUGGAAAUGGUGUCCAAAACACCCCCUAACUCUCCUACUCAUAUCUCUUCGACAGCGAGCUCGUCGAAGCACAUACCGCUUGAGCAAAUCAUCAAGGGCAUCCAAUUGACCGAGAUGAUCACAGCAGAUGCAGGGAACGCAAGCAGCGAACCAAGUAGCUGGUAUAGUAGCAGCCACCACUCGACCAAACCUUUACUAGCUUCUCCCCCUCGGCCGCCUCCUUCUUCAUACCAUUACCAUCAGUCCCCGCGCGAAGGCCAGCAGCUGCAAAACAUACGCCGUCCCUCGGGGAGCAGCGCUUUUAGCGCCCUAAGUGCCACAAGCGCCCCCCAGAGGCACCUCCAGCCUGGCGACCGGUCUGUCAUGGCGAGUACUAGCACCUUUGGCGGCCCUUCCCAUUUCCAUAUCCACCCUCCCUCCUCUUCCCACUCGCGCAAACCAUCGCGGAGUUCCCCAUCACCCUCUCCAUCUCAAAAGCCUUCCCCGCCCGGCGACAACGGUAAUAGGCUUGGUGACCUUGACGGGGAAGUCCACGCAGACGGGGAUUCAAGUAUGGGCUGCCGAGGCAGACGAACUUGCAGCAUCUCGAGGACGCAGGGCACUCGGUCGAUACCUAUAUCGAGGCCAGGAAGUGACGUUGUCACUCAGACCGUCAGCAUCGAUGCCAAGUCACACGAUGCUUGGUCGAGCCAUUUCUCCCCUUCCCCCACGUCCCCGAAAAGGUACAGCUCCAUCCUCAGCAAAGUCUUUAGGCGCUCUACAGGUGUUUAUCCAGUAACACCUCUUCGAUCUCCUUCUAAGCAGAAAGGACCAUACAACCUGAUGUUAGAAUCGGCACAGCAGCGGCGAGCCCUACACCAGAUCCAACAUCAGUUCGGAUCAGACGUGAAGCCCACCACCCCCACAACACCAAAUCAUUUAUCUUUCUCGCAAAUUGUCAGUAAGGCAGGAGCUGCUGCCACGGCUCCAUUCAAAACCCCCGAAGAAAGGAGACGCUCCAAACUCAAAAACAAGAUCAGAGUCUAUGGCGACGAGGGUCAGCUCUUGGGCCAGGAGGAAGGUGCCACACCAUUCAAGCACAAGACUGAGGCUGCCAACAACGAAACUCCAUCCGCAAGGGCGUCAAAACAUUCGAUGCUUGCUGGAUAUGACAGGACAAAGUCAGCCCACGAGUUGAUGGGUGCAAGGAACGCUUAUUCCACCAAACGACAACCCAAUCUGGAUGGGCCCAGGAGUGGCAACUUAUGUUCACGGGACGUCUGUUUCUUCAACUCCAAGAUUAGUCUCAACCCCCAGUGGCACCCCAGGCGUGACGUCUGCCCGGCUCUCGGCGGCAAAUACAGCUACCGCGUCUGGUACUGA